AUGAGAGCGUUUUUCACAAUCAAUAUUAUGUUUGGUGUUAAACAGCUUCCUCGACUGUGGAACUACUGGAGUCCUGAUAUAAAGUAUGGUGAUCCGUAUAUCUCAAGUAUAAUGUCAAAGAUGAGGUAUUCGAAAAUAUCUCAGUAUUUACAUUUAAUUGAUUCUGCUAAUGCCCCCAGCAAAAACGACCCAAACUACAAUCCCCUGUACAAAGUACGUCCUGUAAUUGAUUUACUCCUUAAUAGUUAUAAAACUGUGUAUCUACCUGGGAAAAAUCUCAGUGUAGAUGAAGCCAUGAUAGGCUAUAAGGGCAGAGUACAUUUUCAGCAGUACAUGCCUGCCAAACCCACUAAAUGGGGGAUCAAGAUAUGGGAUGUUUGUGAAUCAGACACUGGAUACUGUGUAAACUUUGAUGUUUACACAGGUAAAAAAUAUAAUGGAAACAAACCAUAUGGAUUGGGACAUGAUGUAGUAUGGUCUCUUACUGAACCGUUUUACCACAGAUCUGACACCUCUAUUUUGACAGUUUUUUUUUUUUUCUUCAGUGACUUUGGCAGAAAAUCUUACACGUGCAGUACUGUUAUGGGCAACUGUAAAGGUUUACUCUGUGAAAUGAAAACAAAAUUUUAA